AUGGUUCUCACAAGCAAUGAGAAGCGCGCCUUCUUCAGACAACAGUGCCGUGAGGCAUUGGCAGCCCAUAUUAAUGACCGACUUGGCCUUGUCGUCGCUCCAAGCCAGGUCCGUCUACAGCCAUCGGUCGGGGAUGGACAGUACUGA